UAUAUUAUGAAUAUUACCCAUUAUGACUGUCAAUUAGGUCCCACUUAAUUUCCUUUUGUCCCUAAAAUUUACAUAUUUUCCAUUAAUAAAUGUAACAUUACAAAAAUAACUAAAUAUAAUAAGUACCUACUUGUUUAAAUAAUAAUGAAAAUGGUUUAAUGAAUGCCGACUCUGUUGUUUUCACAACUCUCACAUCACUUAUAGGCUUCAUAAGUUUAUAAUGUGUAGAUGAUCUUCUAUAAACAAUAAUAACAUAUUCUUAAUUAGUAUCAAGUAAAAAUUAACAAUAAAACAUAUAAAUGUAGUUUACAAUCUAGAAAAAAAUAUACACUUGUCUUCUGACCUUCUAUAAAAAAAAUAUUAGUUUAGAAACUAAUAUACACAAGCCAAAUAGUAAUAAUAUAAUAAUUAUAAUUAUUAUUAUUAUUAUUAUUAUUACUAAUUAUUACUGGGAAAAAAUUAUAAAUUUUAUCUUUUUAUUUUCUUAUAAAUUAAAAAAUUAAAAAAUAGCUAAUUUUUUCUGUAUUCUGUGGUAAAAUCAUAAUGAUUAUUAUCUGUUCGGUAAACUCUUGAUCAAAUUAUCAAUCAUUAUCACUAAAAUUGGAACGAGACUUACCUGCUAUAGAUAAUAGCCGUAAGUACUAAGUAGUAUGUCCAUCCCACCUACUAACUUCUGUACUAUUUAUUAAGUACUAUAUAGUAUAGAAGUUUUUGAUCCCACCUUAGAGAGAUCUAUCUAAAGCCGUGAUAAUAUACAACUGGUGGCGAUGGAUAGCGAGACAUCAAGUGCAUCAUGUUAACCGGUUGAUGGUUAGUGGUUUCCUACAUUUUCAACUGUAUUACUGGUUACUCUAGUUGGUAGCUGUGUAAAAUUUAAAAAAGAAAGUCAAAUAAUACAAAUCCAUAAAAUAACAUUUACCUACUUGUUUUUAUGUACAAUUUUUAAUAAACAAUGAAAAUUUUUUUAACAGGUGCUUCUGGUCUCUUAGGUAGGUCUAUCUAUGAACGAUUUCUGAACGAAUCUGAUUGGACUGUUUGUGGAAUUUCAUUCAAAAGGUUAGUAAGCAUGGUACAGUGGUAAAAUUUGAAUGUAAAAAAUUUAAUUGAUUUACAGAACAAAGCCAGGAUUGACAAAAUUAAAUUUACUUGAGAAAGAUGCAGUCACUAAUCUUUUGAACUCUGUUCGUCCUGAUGUAAUUGUUCACUGUGCUGCUGAACGAUUUCCAGAUAAAGUAGAAAGUGACCCUCAAGCUGCUUAUGAUUUGAAUGUUGGAGUCUCUACUCAUUUAGCUAAUGUAGCAAGUAAGUCUUAAAUCUUCAUAAAUUAAAUUAUUUUAUUUUUAAUUAUGAGUAACUCCUAAGAAAAUUUUGAAAACUACAUUAAUAAUAAUAAAAUCCAAUGUCUCUUACUUUAUAAUAUAGAUAUAGACAUAUGUAUAUUUUAUUAUCUUAGAUAAUCUUUAUUAAGUAAAUACCUAUUAAUUGUCUCCGUUCACACAAAACAUUAAAUCCAAAAAUUGCUAGUUUGAAAUUUAUAUUGUACAUGCUAAAGAUUUUUAUACUAUAUUAAAUACAAUAUGAAUCCAAAAAUAGACAAUUUUGUUUCGCGUGAACAGGAACAAUAUAUAAAUUAUGUUAAAUAGCAACAAAUGCUAAUAUGUAUUUACCUGGAGGGAAUUUUGGAAUUUCAUUAUUUUCCUUUGAGCAAAUUUUAUAAAUCUAUAGGUAUUGUAAUAUUGUGUCUGUUUUGGUUGAAAUCUUAAAAACAAAAAUAAUAAUAAUAAUAAUCAUUGUACAAUUUGCACAUUACAUUUUGCAAUUUGUUACAUCAAUUAAAAAUUUAACUUGUUUUUGUUAAAUUAAUUUUAAUUAAAAUUAUGAUAAAAAAAAAGCCUAUAAAAGUUGAUCUAAAUAGCUUUCAAAAUAAAUUGUUAUUUUUCUAUGCAAUUGUUUCAUUUGUUAUACAAGUGUAUAACUAGCAAAGUAAUUUAUCCUGUUAAAAAAAUAUGAUUGAAAUAAAUUUGAGGUCAUUAUUAUGGUUUGUAUAAUGUUGAAUUAAUUUUAUUGUUAAAUGUGCUGUAUAUUAAAUCUAAUUAAAUUAUAUGUGUUUUACUCUUUAGAUAAGCUUAAUGUGCCUUUGUUGUACAUCAGCACAGAUUAUGUAUUUAAUGGCGAUAACAGUCCUUACAAAGAAACCGAUGAACCUACACCUAUUAACGAAUAUGGAAGGUUAAAAUUAUUGGGUGAAAAAUCUAUUUUGGAUGCUAAUCUUGGUAGCUUAAUAUUUUAUGAAAAAAAAAAUUCUAAAUUGAUAUAAAAAACAAUUUAUUAUACUAUUUGCAGAAAAUAUUAUUCUUCGUAUUCCAGUACUGUAUGGACCCGUUGAAAGUUUAGAAGAAAGUGCAAUAACUUAUUUAUUAAUAGGAUUACAAAAGUGUCAGAACAGCAAUGAAUUAUUUAAAGUUUCUAAUUAUGAACUUCGCAAUCCAUCUAGUGUCAAUGACAUAGCAAAUAUUGUUUUCAAAUUAGUAGAAAAAAAAAUUAAAUUAGUAAGUUAAAAACUGUUAUUGUUAUAUUUUGUUUUGUAUAUGUUACCAUGAAUGUCUGCAAAUAACGAAUGCUGACUGUUACCGGCCAAUGUCUUUAUACACCAAAGUCAAUGGUGAAUGUUGACAUAUUGAUUAAAAUUGUAUGGCCUGUAAACAUUCACUAGUGAAUGUCAAUAUUUACAUAGCGAUAUUGGUGAGUGUUGGUAAUGCUAUUUUUUUUUUCUUUAAAUAUAAUCUCAGAUAACGGAAAAAUGCCUAUAGUACUUUUAAUAUUAGUUUUAAUGCUCGAAUUGGGGAGGGGAGACUGUACCUUAAUUAAUUUUUCUGAAAUUUUAGAAUACCUCUACUAUUUAUUUUAAGUAGAAUACAUGAGAUGGUACAUAUUUUUGCAUUUUUAUUAAAACUUGAACAUAUGAGAAAACUUUUUUUUUAUCAUUAAGUAUAAUGUUAUAAGUUUUAUAGUCCUUUUAUUUUUCUAAUUGUUGCACUGAAUAGUAGGCAUACUACCAUAAACACAACUAGACCACAGACUUUGGGAGGUGCUAAAAUUAUACACAUCACAUCAGACCCAUGGAGGAAAUUACCCCACAAUCGUCUGUACACGGCACUUCUGAUAAGCAACUACAUAUUUCAUUUACAAUUUUUAUCUAAAAAUGUGUCAACUUUUUUAACUUUAUUUUUUAUUCGUACAUCCAUUGUCUGUAGGCUAUAAUCUUUAUUUUGUUCUGCUUAUUAAUUAUAAACUACAUGGUUAAAAUAUUUACUCAAUACUAUAAAAACGUUUAUUAGAUAUUUUUUGGGGUGUUAAAAGUUUUCUAGUACCCUCCCUCCCCUCAUUGUACCUAUGCAUACUACCUAGGACCUAGUAUUAAUGUAAUAUAAGAUAUUAUACAAGUUAAUUUUUUGGUUAAACUAUUUACCUUACCCAACAACUUUUAUAAUAAUUAUUAUUAUUAUUCUUAUAAUAUCUCUAAUAAAGUAUAUAGUUUAGAUAUUUAUUUAUAACAUUAUUUCCCGCUUUGUUUUAUAAUAAUAAUUUGUUUAAGAUAAACUAAUCAUUAUUUAAAUUAAUAAUACAAAUAAUAUAAUAUUAUCUAUUAAUAAUAAUUCGUUAAAUUAAUUAAGUAUGUUGUAUUUUAUAUGCUAUCUAUAGUCUAUAGUAUAGGCUAUAUUAUAUGUAGGAAUACAUAUGUCAACAUAGACCAAUAUCAUAAUUUAAAUGACAACAUUCACUAGUAAUUGUCCACAUUUUUUCAAUUUAUCAACAUUCACAAUAACAUAUAUUACUAACCUAAUAUGUUUUAUGAUUUUUCCUAGAAUAAAGAGAUCAGAGGUAUUUAUCAGUGGUGUGGAAGCGAAACAUUUACAAAAUAUGAUAUUGUUGCAAAGAUGGCACACAUGUUUGGCUUUAAUAUGGAUCAUGUAGUUCCAGUCACUGAACAAAGUGGAGUUAAGCGUCCAUUUAAUACUUUGUUAGACGUUUCACGCAUUAAUCAACUGGGUAUUGGAACACAUACUAACUUUGAAGAUGGGAUAAAAUCUGUACUUUCUAAUUGGGUUAAUAAGUAAUCAAAUUAACUUCAAAUGAAAAUAUAACAAUGUCUUAAUGCCUCAAUAAUAAAAGUUAGGCAUCUGAUAAAAAUUAUUGUUACUAUUCAAUAUUUAUAAUGUUUUUAAUUAAAUGUAUUUUUAAAUUUAUUAUACAAAUAUAGAAUAAGUUAUUUUUAUUAUUAAUUAAAUUUGAUAUACUAUAUUGAAUAGGAAAGCUGUUGGUUUCAUUACUCCUGUUGUUAUUUUAUACAUUAACAAGAAAGCCUACUAUUACUCACUAUUUUGGAAUAUUAUUUAUAAUACUGCAGUUAAGUAUAAUUCUUAUGUAUUAUAUAGAAUUUGUUUUUAUUAAAAUUAAUAUUAACCAGUGAUUGACCAAUGCUAUGUACAAAAGAGUGUCAAAUUGAAAGUGAUAUGUAGAACCUAUAGAUUUAGACAACUUUAAUACACUAUAUUUUUUUUACAAAUUACAAAUAUGUUAUUAAAAUAGUAUUUUGCAGUUGUUACAAUUACAAUCAAUUAAUUAAUUUAGCACAAUGUUGACAUAGUUCAUAGAAUCAUAAACAAUAAUUUACCUUAUAGUAUAUGUUAUAGUAUAUAAUUAUGUUUUCAAAAAUAAAUUCCUUCUUAGUUUAUUCAAAGUUUAAUAAAAUUAUAGAUGAUAUAUCAGAUUGUUAUAAUAUAAUAUAAAAUAAAAAAUAAAAUAGUAUUGCAAUUAUAAUAAUAUCACUAUAUUAAAAAAGAUUAAAAGUAU